AUGUUGAUUAUGUGUCGGGACCAGACAAGAGCCAUUGAAGAAAGGCACCUGGUUGAACUCAAUAAGGUUCGUCUAGAGGCCGAACUUGAUUUCCUCCAUGAAUGUGAGUCUCUUUUUUCCAUGUACCAUGAGAAGAAGAAGACCGAGUUCGAACUGGCCCUAGCCGAAUCCAAACUUGAAGAUGUUCGUGUUCCGCCUAUAGAUUGGUUCAAGCUGGUUGAACUUCAUAUAUCGGUUGUUUCAACCGAUCAUGAUGUUAUUAUGAGAUAA